AUGGCCUCCAACAACCCCGACUCGAGUGCAAACCAAUCUGCCAUUUCGGAAGACCCCAAGACAGACGUCAACGCCGCCGUCGAGGAGCUCCUCAACACCAUCUCCAACAAGUUCGCCGGAGUGUCCAGUGAGAUUUUUGCAAAGAUGGACGAGAUGUCUCGCCGCCUGGACAACCUUGAGGCAGCUCUGUUGGCCAAUAAGGAGAAGGAUGGUGGCCCUCCAAAGUCGUCUUAG